ACACACACACACACACACACACACACACACACACACACACACACACACACACACACACCUACCUCCAACCGCUCUGAUGGAUUCUAGGCUCCACGUCGGACCGGUGAUUCCCACACCGGACCCGACCGGCCGAAUGCCCUGGAACAUCAGCUCCAUCAACCCGCACCGGCUCAUGGAGGUGUCCCCUGUCGCUCCAGCUGUUGUGAACUGUACGCCUUCUGUGGAGCUCUGUUUGGUAUCUGCAGCAUGAUGACCCUGAUGGUGAUCGCCGUGGACCGGUAUGUGGUCAUCACCAGACCUCUGGCCUCUCUCGGGGCGAUGUCUCACAGAAAAGCUCUCAGCUUCGUGGCUGCAGCCUGGCUCUACUCCAUGGGUUGGAGCCUCCCACCCUUCUUUGGYUGGAGUGCGUACGUCCCAGAGGGUCUGAUGACGUCCUGUUCCUGGGAUUACAUGACGUUCACCCCUUCAGUUCGCUCCUACACCAUGCUGCUCUUCACCUUCGUUUUCUUCAUCCCUCUCUCCAUCAUCAUCUUCUGCUACUGCUGCAUCUUCAGAGCCAUCCAACUCACAACCCGAGCAAUAACAAAAAUCAACUGUAAGGAGACCAAAGGCUCUGCAAAGAAGUUCCAUAAAAUGAGGAGCGAGUGGAAGAUGGCUAAAAUCGCCUUCAUCGUCAUCCUGCUGUUCGUCAUCUCCUGGGCUCCGUACUCCUGCGCAGCACUCACAGCGUUUGCAGGGUAYGCCGACUUGCUGACUCCAUACAUGAACUCUGUUCCUGCUGUGAUMGCCAAAGCCUCAGCAAUCCACAACCCCAUCAUUUACGCCAUAACCCACCCCAAAUACAGCUGGAUAACGCGGUGAUGGAGUCGGGGACAAGGCCCGCGUCUAAGACCACGUCGUCUAUCAUCGUCACCUCCAUAUCGAGCCCGUCCAUACUGAACAGUCCCCCUGGUUUCCACGGCAACCUCAAAUCGGCCAAAACGUACACGCCAAACAGUAAAGAGCUGCUCGACAUCGCCAGGCUGGAGACUCCAGCGUUAUCAUGAGCAGUGGACCUGCAGGGCUUCCCAUGGUGGGAACAAUCUGCGCCAGCGUGCUAUUGGUUAUUUAGGGUAAAUCUGAACUUUAGCRUCUUCAGUUUCUUUUCUUUUGCAUGCGGUGUGAAAGAAUGCGAGUGUGAAAGCCCAGUAAAUUAAAGUGAGWGUGUGUUCAACGCAUAUUUUUGUCYUUUUUUAUGGCACGUGAUGGUGAAUGGAGAUGGAAUACCUCAAAGCUGGAAGCAACAAGUUAGCCUUAAAACCACUUUGUCAAAUACUGUCGUACAGUUAGCUUGGUUUUAUUAAAAACGAUGAUCCAAACACUACUAAAUUAAAAGACAUUAGAACAAACAAUUGUUGUGCAAAAUAAAAACUUGUUAUAGUUCCGAUCUUUUAAAGUGGGAUUUUCUGGAAUGAUUAUGAACAAAUAGUGUCCUACCUGUUGAGAUUGAUAGUCGAUGUCUUGUCUGAGCAAGAGAAAAGUAGAUUUCCGCCAUCUGAAAAUAGUUCAAAUUUAAAAAAUCAAAAGCAAUUUAUGCUAACCCUAUUUACAUUUACAUUCCCAAUAAUUUAACAUUUCAUGGUUAAUAGUACAUUUUUGUGAUGUUUCUUCUGAAAGUGCCACCAGACUGCACCAGAAGUGCUACAGCUGGCUGCUGCUGCUGUUUGUGCUUGCAGAUAACUGUAGAAUUCUGUGUGACUAACAGCCAACUGAAGUCAUGUUAAAGCUCAGAAUUAAGCACCAUUUCUCUGAUGUAAAGCAGUUUAAAAAGAUAUCUGCAACAGGUAAGAUACUCACUGUCCAUAAACUUUCCCAGAACCCCAUUUUAAAAGUCUGAACUACUGUUUUACCAAAACGCAAGCCUGUUUCUUUCUUUUUGUGGGGAAAUAUGACAACAAAUCAGGAGUUUUUGCACAGUAUUUCUGAGCUACUGGAUAAGGAAAACUGUACAUUUGGCCCAAAUAUAAGUUAUUUACCAGAAUAUUUUCAAAUGUGAUCAUGUUUCAAACCAAAAAUGGGUUCGGGAUUAAUUAGAAUAUCUUUAAUAAACAUUUAGGUCUUUUGUUUGCACUCAACAUAAAAAUACAUCAGUGCUGCUUUUUGAACUAUCCUCUGAUAGGAUUUCCUUCAAUCUGUUGAAGGUUUGAGUUGAAUAAAAUGUGCACAUUUUUAAUUGUUUUUUAAAGGCACUUUUAUGUUGAUAACAAAUUUAAAUUCAGAUUUAGGAAAACGAGUUGUAUUGCUCAUUCCAGUUUUAUUUUGUAAUGACCAAACAACAGGAUGACUGUUGUCCCUUUUAGGGUAUUUUUUUAAUCAUUCCUGAAACAUAGUAGUGCAGAUCAGACUCACUGAGACACGUUUUUAAAGAGCAGCAGGAACACAGAAAACGUGUGUCUUAAAAAAAUUCACUCAGUACUGURCAUUUUUCACUCUUCCUUGAGACGGUGCGUUGUGUUUUGUAAAAGUAACAGUUGGUAAACUUAGUUCUUUUUUUUUUUUGACAAAAAAAAAAUUUAGUUGUUCUUAAAAUCAGCUCAAGUUUCCAAAGCACUUUUUUCUUCGUUUCUGUUGAUUUGAGAUUCCUCUGCUGCAUCUUUGACUACGAUUGUACUGUGACUGUUUCGAUUGCAACUCAAGCUACAGUCAGACAGGUUUGUUGUCAAAACUGAGACAUGGAGAAGUUGCCAGUUUUAAUUAACGAAGGUUGAGAAAUUGUUCUUUGAGAUGGUGGAUCUUUGCAGCUUACUUGUGAUGUCAUAAAGGAGGAAAACACGAGGAGGAACGACUCCCAAUGAUCUGCAACUCGAUUCUCAUCAUUUGAUUUAAAAAAAAAGUGUGGAAAAAGAUUCAGCUCAUUUGCGAACAUCUCUACUUCUCAAGUUUUUAUCUGUAAAUGUAUAAAAUUAGGUGUAUUAAUAGUAUUUUGAUAACAUAAAUAUAAUAUUUUCCAUUCUGUUUGAUUAAAAUGACUGUUUCAUGUUGAUUUGGCUCUUUGUAUGAAAUGUCUUGUGUUGUUUUUAUUUAUUUUUCUAAAUAAAAUAUAAAAUGCUCCAG